AGAAAUCAAACUAAACACCUUUGUUAGUGUACAUUCACUACAUACACCUAUACAAGUAUACAACCAACGACCUUUAAUUAAUUGAUCAUUUCCUAAGAUGAUUUUUCGUAUUCUUUCCAUCCUUUCUCUUCUAAUAUCUCUCUCUUCGGCUAAUAUAGUUUUUGACUAUUGUGUCGGAGACUUGAGCUUACCUCCGGGGCCAACAGGGUACUCUUGUAAAGACCCUACAACAGUCACGGUAGAUGAUUUCGUUUACUCUGGCUUACGUGAUGCAGGUAACACGGCAAACAUUUUUAAAUUUGGUGCAAACACGGCAUAUGCUCCCCAAUUCCCAGGCUUGAACGGUAUGGGUAUUUCAAUGGUACGAGCAGACUUGGGUGUAGGUGGAGUUGUACCACUCCACUCACAUCGUGUGGCAGAGCUAGCCAUCCUAAUUGAAGGAACGUUGAUUGCUGGAUUUGUUGACACAAAUAACACUGCAUACUAUAAAACCUUAACUAAGGGGGACAUGAUGAUAUUCCCACCUACACUAUUCCACUUCCAAGCUAACAUCGGAUCAACGCCGGCGCUUGCAUACGUAAGUUUCGCUAGUGAAAAUCCCGGUAACCAAAUAUUUACCACCGGUUUAUUCCGAAACACCCUACCGUCAGAGUUGAUUGAGAAGGUCACUUUGCUAGAUCUUGCACAAGUGCAGAAGCUCAAGAAAAUAUUUGGUGGUUCAAAUUGAUCAAAUUCACUUCAUUUUCUUAAUUUAUUCAUCUUAUGUGCAAUGAUUUUCUUUUGUGUUAUGUCAAUGUAAAUAAUUGCACCUCUUUUCUACCAAAAAAGGGGGUGGGGAGAGUGAAUAAUUGUACUCAAUUAAUGGGUUUACUUUAAGCAAAAUCGUUAUGUCUUUAGCAACGAAAAACUUCCGCUGACAUAGACAACCGAUUGGGGAUUUCAUAAAAAGAGACUUAUUUUGGAAAUUUUAAUGUUAGCCGGGAAUCAUUCCAAUUUUACGUAAUUCACGUAUCAUAAUUCACAAUGGUAUGUUAUUGUGCCCCUUUUUCUAGCGUCAAUUAUUUCGGUAUUAGAAUCAG